GUCUAGUCAUUUGAGAUGGCAGAAGACGAGAAGUUCUGAAUUGAAAAGUUCGAUGGUACAGAUUUCAGUUGGUGGAAAUGCAAAUUGAAGAUUUGCUGGUUCAGAAAGAUUUGGAUGUGGUAUUGGGUGACAAGCCAGAAAAGAUGUCGGAUGCAGAUUGGGCAGGUUUGGAUCGGAAAGCUAUGUCCGUGAUCCGUCUCUCGUUGACCAAGAAUGUUGCAUUCAACAUUUUGAAGGAGAAGACAGCAAAGGGAAUUAUGGAAGCGCUGUCUAACAUGUACGAGAAACCAUCUGCAGCGAACAAAGUUUUUCUGAUAAGAGAGCUGGUGAACACAAGGAUGAAAGAAGGCACUUCAGUUACCGAGCAUAUCAACAAAUUGAAUUCGAUCUUAGUUAGACUUUUGUCAGUGGGCAUUAAGUUUGAUGAUGAAGUUCAAGCUUUACUACUACUAUCGUCUUUACAUGAUAGUUGGUCCGAAACAGUUACUGCAGUUACCGGUUCAGUGGGACCUCAUGGAUUCACCUUUGAUCAGAUUCGAGAUCUCGUUCUUGGCGAGAAUGUCAGAAGAAAAAGUUCAGGGGAGUCAUCUGGUGAAUUGCUUCAUGUUGGUAGAGGUAGAAGAAAUAGCAGAGGUAGUGGGAGCAGGAACAGACAAAGGAGUCAGUCGAAGACUCGUGACAACUCAGGUGUAACGUGCUGGAAGUGCAAGGAGGUUGGGCAUUUUAGGAAUCAAUGCCCGAAUGACAAUAAAGUGAACAUUGCUGAAGGCUCUAUGAGUGACGAGGAGGUCACUCUGACUUGCUGUGAGGAAAGCAAUGUGCAUUCCUGGAUCAUGGAUUCUGGUGCUUCAUUUCAUGCUACCCACAGCGGUGAAGCAUUGCAGAAUCUAGUUGUUGGGGACUUUGGAAAGGUACGACUAGCGGACGACAGUGCUCUUGAUGUGACGGGCAUGGGUGACAUAGUGCUGAAGACCCCAGUCAAUUUCUGGACUUUGAAGGAUGUGAGAGUUGUUCCCGCCUUGAAGAAAAGUUUGAUUUCUGUCAGGCAGUUGGACGAACAGGGACACGAGGUGAAGUUCAAAGAUGGGCAGUGGAAGGUCGUGAAGGGAAAUAUUGUCAUGGCCCGCGGAAGGAAGAGUGCUUCAUUGUAUAUGGUCGAGUUACCAUCUGAGGGAGUGACCGUCCCAGUUCAGAAUAGAAACAAAGUCCGGUUCACAGAGUCUCAUGGGCAGAAUAAGGUUGUCUAUGCAAGAGAGAAACCUAGAGCCACAGGUCAUACUCAGGAUGAACGAGCGAGGAAUGGUUCAAGGUGGCCAGUCAGAGGUAUUUGUGGCAGUGGGAGCUCAAGAGGCGCUUCAGCCAAGUUGCCUAGAAGACAGUGGGAUGUUCUAGGAUCCGGCAGUGUGCAUCUGCAGUGGGAGCCGGUAGGGACCGAGGACGAGUCAGGGGCAGAUUUUGCCAUGACUGAUGUGUUGGAGCUUGGGAGAGCUUCAACGGGCCUUUCAGUUGUCUGAUGAUAUGGCCGCUGCAAAAGGAGAGCUAUGGAAGAUUACUCGAUGUACAGGCAAUCGUGGUGGAUGGCAGUUGAUGACUAUCAAGCCUCCAAGUGGGAGAAUGUUGUGUUUGUGGAGGUGAUAAGUCCGUUUCGUUAUUAUCAUUUACAUCAUAUUUGAACGUUAUUGCACGUAAAUAAUAUUUAAUUAUCUCUUAAAAUGUGAUUUCGAUGGAUAAAACUCUCAUUUUCGCUCUAAGAGUCAUAAAUAGGGAUUCCACAU